AUGAAGUCUGCUCCUUUGUCUGAGAUCAGAGUGGCCCUCUUGGGCCAUGUCAGUGUUGGAAAGACUACAGUGCUGAAUGCCAUCUUGGGCGACAAAUUUGGAGAAGUCUCCAUGAGGCGAACCACCGCCGGCAUCAACUUCUUUCGCAUUGUACCCUCAACUUUGGCUACCACAGAAGAAAAAGAUCAGGAAGAAAUCAAGCCUGCUGACAAGGUACAUGAAGAAAUUGAGGCAUCCAACAAAAAGCUUCGGGAAUCACAGCAGAUUGAGGAGAAGUGGUUCACCAUUCAGAUUGACAAGCAACUCUGUGAGAUGCGCGAGAAAACUUCACUUGUCAUGGUGGACAUUCCAGGGAUCAAUGAAGCUGAUACCAACAGCAUCUACAUGAACUAUGUACAGGAGAACUGGAAGGACUUUGACUGUGUGAUUGUAAUCAUGGAUGCCAGACAGGGUGUCAAUACAGAAGAGCAAGUUGGCUUGCUGCGCCUAGUGAAGGAGAAUCUAGCUGCUAAGAAGCAUGUGCCAGUCAUCGUUAUGUUCAACAAAGUGGAUGAUCCUGAUGAUAAGGAACAAGCAGUCCUCGUGAAGGAAUCCCAAGACAAGAUUGCAAAGAUGUUUGCUGUUGGUUGUCGGGAUCAGGCUCUCAAACAGCUGCCAAAGCUGUCGGGAAAGAAAGGGGCAAUGCACACAGUUUCUACAUCUGAUUUGUAUCCGAUAGUCAUCCCUGUAUCGGCCAUCAGGGCAUACUUCUACAGGGCUGCUUCCACACUUUCCUAUGACAAGUUCAGGACAAAAUUUGAUCUGGAAAUUGUUGACAAGAUUGGCCGUGAAGAAUUUGGGAGGAGGAAGUGGGAACGCAUGCCAUUGGAGAAGAAGUACAAGUCUCUGCAUGAUCUUGUGCUUGAGGGCUCUGAGAAUGAGGAGGAAGGGGUCCUAGGCACAGGCUUUGACAUUCUACUCUGUGCCUUGUCUGUGGCUGUUGGUGGCCACAAAACUCAGACAAAAUUGCUACAAAGCCAAGUUGAUAUUGCACUUCAGUCGAUACAGUUGGGGAAGCCUUCUUGCUCCAUGUUUGAGUCGCUGUACAACAAGAGCAAAGCCUUUGAAAAGGAUGUGGAUGCAAUCAAACAAGCCUUUUGGUCUAGAUACAGACCUUGUGCAAAGAGUUCCCUUCAGGCAUUCGGGAAUGAACCAAAGCCUGAACUGCUGGCUGAGCCCGCAGCACUUCUAAAGGAGUAUGCCUCCUUUGUUGCAGCUGUGGGUUGGGAUCAUGAACAGAAGCUUGUGAAGGAAGCCUCAUGUGAGCUUGUCCGUGAACAACUGGGUGUCAUAGUCAAUGCCCAGGACUUGCAAGCAGCAGUGAAUCUAGCAGCUAAUAGAUUCACCCUGGACAAUCCACGGAAUUGUGCGCGAUGUCAACAGAAAAAGCCACCAGUGGGUCAAGAGCCUGCAUGGAGCACUUUGUCACUCUAUGAUUGGAUCACUAUUUUUGAGUCAUUACAACGAUCCUUGUCCAAUGAAUUGUUUUCUCAGGAGUUAAUUGCCCUUGGCAUACUCCGGGACAGGUACUCAUCCAGCCUGAGCUCAUCUGGAGGACAUGCAUGUGAAUGUAGCUCCUGCAACCGCAUACACAACAAUUCUAGCUAUGGCUGCAGCGAUCAAAUGACCUGUCCUGGCUGUCGACACUCAAUAUCCAGGCCAUCCAAGUGCCGCAAAAAGCACCAUUACAGCAAUGACCAUUGGAAUCUUCGAUUUGAAGGGGGGAGUAUCAAGGUUGUUGGCCAUAUGGCCACAAUUCAGAUUCCUUCAUUGCCAUCUGAUGAAAACCAUUGGGGGCAUGUUGCUUGGAGUUGCAGCUCAUUGAUCGCAGCUCCUCUGAAGAAUGCUCUAUGA